CGCCCCGGAAAUGCGUGUUCUAGCUUUCUGUGUGCUUAGGUGCCCGAGCUACUGAGGGUCUAAGUCCGGGCAGCCGAAGAGUGUGGUAGGUAACGGUCGCCAGCGCAAGGGUCAUUUCGUCGCUGGGAAGGGACGGCCCUCGCCCGCGGUGAUGGUGGUUAGCAAGAUGAACAAAGAUGCGCAGAUGAGAGCAGCGAUUAACCAAAAGUUAAUAGAAACUGGAGAAAGAGAACGCCUCAAAGAGUUGCUGAGAGCUAAAUUAAUUGAGUGCGGCUGGAAGGAUCAGUUGAAGGCACACUGUAAAGAGGUAAUUAAAGAAAAAGGACUAGAACACGUUACUGUUGAUGACUUGGUGGCUGAAAUCACUCCAAAAGGCAGAGCGCUGGUACCUGACAGUGUAAAGAAGGAACUUCUACAAAGAAUAAGAACAUUCCUUGCUCAGCAUGCCAGUCUUUAAGGGUGAAUUAGAAUGUGUUGUUCUGUGGAUUUAUUUCUGAAAGUAAAACUUGCCAUAAAUUAGAAAUUGAUUUCCCAAAAUAAAGUCCUUUUUUUGUAUGAUGGUAUACAGUUUUCAGUAAUGAUGUAUACAUUGUAUUGAUUUUUUUCCCUAAAUGUGUUAUUUUAAUAAAUAUCUCAUGAAUGA